AGAUGUCAACAACUUGCAAGAGCUCAACAUGUCUGCUAACCUGCUAAUUAUAAUUAAGAAGCUGCCAUAUCGACUGAGGGAUAAAUGGAGAUCUGUGGCAUGUGAUUUUCAGGAAAGGUACAACCAAAGAGCUACCUUCAGGGAUCUGGUAAAUUACCUUGAAAAACAGGUGAGGAUUGCAACUGAUCCAGUAUUUGGAGACAUCAGAGACACUCCCACACCAAGCAAGGAUGGAAGAGGUUUUAUGUCAAAACCACCUCAUCCAAAAAUCAAAGGAAGUACAUUUGCAACCACUGUGACAGUUGCACAUGAGAAAAAUGGAAAUGGACCUAGGAAAAUGGAGAGUUGGCCGGCUGUAAAAAGGUGUUUGUUCUGUGGAGGUGGACAUGCUUUGGAGGUGUGUUUCCUAUUGGAAAAGAAAGCACAUCAUGAGAAAAUCACUUUCCUUAAAGAAAAUGGAGCCUGCUUUGGUUGUCUGCAGAAAGGACACAUGAGCAAGGACUGCAGGAAGCGACUCAGCUGCAACAUAUGCAAUUUGAAGCAUCCUCAGAUGCUGCAUAUCCACCAAAGAAGAUUUGAAAUGGACAAACAUCAAGCUCAAACAAAGGAAGAAGCUGACAUCAGAGCCAUAGCCUCGGUACAGACAAGUGGUCUUACUGGGGCCGGUGAAGACAAUUGCAAACUCUCCAUAGUGCCUGUGAAAGUAAAGGCCAAGAAGGGGAAUACAACAGUGCAUACAUAUGCAUUCCUUGACCCGGGAAGCACUGCGUCAUUUUGCACAUUGGGGCUAAUGAAUAAACUCAAUCUCCAGGGAAGAAAAUCAAAUAUUCUUCUGAGAACAAUGGGUCAAAGGAAGGUCGUUGAAACCAGCAUUGUUUCAGGCCUAGAGGUUACAGGACUUCAUGGCACUGAUUUCUGUGAUCUCCCAUGUGUGUACACUCAGAAGACUAUGCCUGUGCACAAAGGGAACAUCCCACAUCAAAAUGACAUCAAUCAGUGGCAUCAUUUAAAGAAUAUUCACUUACCUGAACUGGACUGUGAGAUUGAGUUGCUGAUUGGCUCCGAUGUACCAAAGGCUCUGGAACCACUUCAAGUCAUCAGGAGUGUGGGAGAUGGACCAUAUGCCGUCAAAACAAUGCUCGGCUGGACAGUUAACGGACCUCUGGGAAGAAAAGAAGAUGAAAGGAAACCAGAAGAAGCUGUUGAGAGACUGGCUGAGCAGAAAAGGAGACAAGAUGAGGAAGAAAGAAAAAGGAUUGAAGAAGAGAAGGUUAGACGAGAGGAAGAGCAGAGGUUGAGGAGCCAAGAAGAAGCUCUUGAGAGGUUGGCUGAGGAGAAGCGGAGGCAGGCUGAAGAAAGAAAAAGGAUUGAAGAAGAAGAGAAAGUUAGACGGGAGGAAGAGCAAAUGAUUUUGAGGAAGAGACAAGAAGAGGAGGAGCAGGUUAGGAGAGAAGAACAACAACAGCGUGAGAGACUAGAGGAGGAAAAGAAGAGACGAGAGGAACAAGAAAGAAAGAGAGUUGAGGAGGAAAGGAUUAGGAUGGAGGAAGAGAGGGUCCAGGAAGACAGGAGGAGAGAAGAGAGUAUCAGGAGACAAGAGGAAGAGUGUAGGUUAGCCCAGGAAAAGAGAAAGGAAGAAGAAAGAAUAAUUGAGGAAGAGAAAGUGAGAAGACGGGAGGUGGAAGAAUGUGAGGCAAAGAGGAAACUACAGGAUCAAGAAAAGAAGCAACAGGAGGAAAGGAUUUGGAAAAGGUGGAUUAAGGAGUAUCUUCCCCAACUGCAAGAACGACAGAAAUGGUCCAACAUAAGACGCAACUUCACACCAGGAGACAUCGUCAUCAUUGUGGAUGAUUCAGCGCCUCGCAACUCUUGGUUGACUGGAAGGAUUGUGGAGACCAUUAUGGACAAAAAGGGACUUGUACGUCAGCUACGGAUCAAGUCAAAGACCGGAUUUCUGACCAGGCCCAUCACCAAAGUCUGCCUACUACUGGAGGCAGCGGAUCAUUGACUGACGCAAACUGACUUUUGACCCCUUGACUUUGUUCCUGAACACUUGACUUUGAUUAAUCACUCUUUCCUUGGACAACGUAUAUCGGAUUACAAAUAAUGAAGAAAGAAAAUAUAUUUACAUACUAUGUUGAUUGUUAUAUCAGCGGAGGGGGAGAAAGGGGGUUAGUGGCGCAC